GCGGGUGGCUCGGGGGCUGUUGCUGUGGUGCCCGCCUGAGUGGCGGCGGCUGGUUGGAGGUGUCGUCCCCGCGGGCGGAUGUUGACACUGGGUUGUUGUUCCUGCCGAGGGUGAUGGCGGCGGCGCCGGCCGGCCGGAUCCGCUCUCGGCGGUGGUAGUCUCUCCCGCACGGCGCGAACGCCCCAGUCGGCGCGGCCCGGCGGCCAAGUCGCCCGUCUCCGGCCUCGGCCUCGGCCGCCCGCCCGCCGCCUCAUCCGGCCGCUUCCCCUCCAUCCACCCAUCCCCCGGCGAGAGGCGGUGUACUCCCGACACGCACCAUGGCCGACUUCGACGAGAUCUACGAGGAGGAGGAGGACGAGGAGCGGGCCCUGGAGGAGCAGCUGCUCAAGUACUCGCCGGACCCGGUGGUGGUCCGCGGCUCGGGGCACGUCACCGUAUUUGGACUAAGCAACAAGUUUGAAUCAGAAUUCCCUUCCUCAUUAACUGGAAAAGUAGCUCCUGAAGAAUUUAAAGCCAGCGUCAACAGGGUCAACAGUUGUCUGAAGAAGAACCUUCCUGUUAAUGUCCGUUGGCUACUUUGUGGCUGCCUUUGUUGCUGCUGCACAUUAGGCUGUAGCAUGUGGCCAGUUAUUUGCCUCAGUAAAAGAACACGAAGAUCGAUUGAGAAGUUAUUAGAAUGGGAAAACAAUAGGUUAUACCACAAGCUGUGCCUGCACUGGAGGCUGAGCAAAAGGAAAUGUGAAACGAACAACAUGAUGGAAUAUGUCAUCCUCAUAGAAUUUUUACCAAAGACACCAAUUUUUCGACCAGAUUAGCAUUUGCUUUAUUUAUAGAGACUUUCCAAGUAUGUUGUCUUUCCAACGGUGCCUUGCUUGGUGCUCUCCUGGUGGUGACAUAACAUUGGUUCUACAGAACUGUGUGGUGUUUUUUGUUUUGUUUUGUUCUAUUUUUUUAAAUAACCGCAUGUUCUAUGUGUGUGUUUGUCAGACUGCAGGUUGUUUCCUACAGAUGUUUAAUAAGUUAUUGUGCUCCUUCCUGUUAUGUAUUCUGACUUUCAAGGAUUACUUUUUGUAUUCUUUAAAAAAAUACAUUUGAACUUAGCAUAAAAAGUGGCCAGCCUUUUUUAUUUUAUCACCAAGGUAUACACAAUCAAUCCUUUAUAAAUUCCUUACCAUAGAAAACCACAUUUCCUAUCUCUUCUAACAAGCACGCUGUUUGUAUCAUUUUCUCUUUCCAUUGAAAUUUACCAUAGUAAUUAAUUCAAAGUUUACUUUUGGAACCUGACAUGACCUUUUUCACACAAUUCCUAAUGCUCUGUUUACAGCAAAUGUUAACACUAUGAAGACAUGUGUGAAGUUUUGAAAAUAUUUGUCUUUCAAGGUAGUAAGGCAAGCAAGGUAGACCUGACAAGUGGAUGGCCUGUCUGCACAUGUCCAUCCAGUAGUUCUUGGGCCUCAGGGUCACAUUGGAGCAGCAUUGCAAUCUGUGUCUCUGCAAACAGGAGGAUUCUAGUUUCCAGCUUAUGAGUUAUGUUUAUUGUUCAUCACAUCUUAUACAUGAAAGUAUGGAAAACUCCCUUUAAACAUUGGUAAGAAAAAGUCUCCUAAUCUAGCAUAACUGUAGAAUGGCUAUAUGUUUCUGAAGAGUUUUGGGAAGAAAGCAGAAGUCCUAGAAUUAAAAAAUAAGCUGGUGGUUAAUGUCCCAUUGGUAUUUAGAACUGAUUAUUACUAAGGAAUGGAAGAGAUAUUUAAUAUUAUUUUAAAUCCAUCUAUAAGUUUGAGUCAGAUUAGCUUUGAAAUAAACACACACACACACCUAUGUGUGUGUAUAUAUAUACAUAUAUAUGUGUGUAUUUUUUUCCUUUUUGGUAAUACCUAUUUCCAUGUAUUUUAAACUUUUUAGAUUUCUGAAUGGCCUGUUGUUUUUAUAAACCUAGAAUUAUCCAUGUUUUAAUAUGUGUCAAGAACUUGUUCCAUGCAACUGUGGUAUCGAGCAAUAAUGUGAAUAUUUUUGAAAUUAUAUAAACUAUGCUUAAGAAUUUGUAUUAAGAAUUGGUACCACUAACUUUUCCCCUUGUAUUAAACCUUUUAAAUACCA